AGACCAUGUCAAAAAAUUACGUGUGAAACAUCGUGUGGUGGUUGAUCCCUACAAUUUCGUUAAUAUUAUUCAAGUGACAAUCGGAAGGGUUGAUAAUUUUGUUUCUGCCGGUUUAUGUUCGUGAGACAUUUUGAUCAUACAUCUGUGAAAUAUUCGUUUUAAUUACUCUUUAAUAUAUAGAGUAAAAAACAACAUUCUUUUGGAUGUCCCGGGCACCGCACGAGGAUGCUCUUCGCUGAAUCUACCUGUUUUACUGCCGGGUCGUAAGAUCGCACUUCUCCGGAUGUGGCAUAUUUGCCCACCAGAUGUCGCCACUAACGUUACCUCGUGAUGAUCCCGGUGAUUCUGCCAAUUCAUAUAGACAAUGGCAAGUGGGUCGAUGUCCCGAUCACCCCCGACACUCGAUGUCAAGAUGUCAUCGAUUGUUGCCGGGAGCCCAGCGACGAAAUUUGCUUUCUUGUCCAGACAGCCGGUCUCACAGAACAUAUUGUACCGGAAGACACAUUUAUGAUGGAGGUUCUUAGCAGAUGGGGCAAUAAUUGGCCCACAUUAACAUUUCACCUGCAGUACAACGAUCCUAUUGAAAGUAUACGGAGCUUAGGACCUCGCCCAUUUUCGCCCACUGCCAUGAAAGAGAGUAGAAACUGGCAACGAAAGUUGCCGGAAAGCAACGAGUUGAGCUUGGCCGACUUGCGCCAAAUGGCUGCACGCCAACAGCACCAAAUCGAAGCUCAUCAGCAAUUGUUGGUCGCCAAAGAACAGCGCCUAAAAUUCCUAAAACAACAAGAAGCGCGCCACCACCAAGGACAACCAGCACCCCAUGUGCAAGAAAGUGACAGGUUACGUCAUCUGCGAGAGCGGGUGGAACUACAAGAACUGAAGUUAAGACGAUUGCGAGCUUUGCGAGGCCAAGUUGAACAGCAUAAAUCCAAUAACUCCAAUUUAGGUGCUGAGUUGGAGUCUAUUCGAGCUUUAUUCAAUGAAAAAGAAAAAGAGCUUUCUAUGGCAGUGGCCAAAGUGGAGGAACUUACUCGACAGCUGGAAGACGUAAGACGUGGUGAUAUUGCUGGUCUUAAGCAUGGCACAACACCAUCCCCUGCUGCUUUAGAAUUUCAGAAACUAAAAAGAGAACUUUUAUAUCGAUCCAAACUAAAUGAGCAACAAAAUGCUCGAAUAGCACAGCAAAGGGAAACUCUGGCUAAAAGACAAUCAGAAAUAUCACAGAUGGAUCAACGUAUAGCAGAACUUCAACAAAGGCUUCAAAAGAAAAGACUUUUAAACCAGCAACUAAGCAGUCAUUUGCACGCAGCUAGUCGCAGUAGGCCUCGUACAAAUAUUGCUGCUGUUGAACCUCUGAAACGUGCUGCACAAGAUGUAGAAUUAGUUCAUGAUGACUUGAAGGUACCUAGUGAUUCCGAGUUUACACCAAAUAAAAAAGACCCCAAAUAUCAAACUCUUCCAUAUAACACUAAGUUUCCUGUGGGUGGAAAUCCCGAUGUUCAUCAGAAACCUUCACUUGUGAACGGAACUGAAAGAGAGGAUAAGCCGCCUCUCCAAAAUGGUGGACCUCCACCUUAUCCUGAACCUCCAAAAGUUCAUUCUCCACCUCAUAAACCUCCCCCACCUCGAGGACUUGGUGCUUUAUCUCCUAGGCCUUUCAAUUCCAUUUCUAGUACUACUUCAAUAAGAGGACCACAGCAAAGGAUUGUGGCAACUACUUCCAGUGGAAUAUCUUCCUCAAGCAAUACUGUCACAACUCAACCAAAAGCUAACUCGAUUGGUCCUCCUGGGAUACCUCGAUCUAAAACACCAGUGCUCCAUUCCAAUCAUCAAGUUGUACUUCCACCAACUGUAAUGACUUCUGGACAGCCUAGCAUAUCACGAACUAUUCCUCAAACACCUGCUAGGCAGCAUCCAGCUCCAAGUUACACUCACGCUCGCUUACGAGGAACUGAUACCUCAUCCAUCUCCCAAAAACCUAUCGUUCCUCCUAAACCUGGCACUCCUAGCAAACCUGUACCACCUCCUCGUCAAAUCCAUGGUGUGCUAAAUAAUUUGCCAAAACCUGACACAGUGGAUCAAGCUCUAUCUGUGUUGAAAGGAGAUCUACGGAGCAAUGAAAGUCAGAGGCUUUUAUCCCAAGUGUCUCCAACAACCAGCUUACAACAACGACUAGCACCUUCUGUGUAUGGGUACCCUCCACAAAAGACCAUUGACAGUUUCAACGAUCAUAAUAGAAAUCAGUCAUCUGAAACUGAGUCUAGGAGCUCUCCGCCAAACCGUCUUCCAGUGAAUGGUAGUGUUCCAACUCACAGUACAGAGAGCAAUAAUGUCCACGUAUCCCUCAAUCGCCGCAUUGGCAUGCCUCCAGCAUUUUACUUCCCAGAAAACCAAACACCCCCAUCUGAUUUGAAUGGUGGGGAUAUUUCAGUAAGUGCCAAGAGGAGGCCUUUCUUGCAAGAAGAUUCACAAUUUCUGAACUUGGAUUGUUCAAGUUCUGAAAGUGAUGUGAUUUCAUCAAAAACAUCAAGCCUUUCCAUAAUUACCACAGAAAAAACCAAAGAUCAAGAAAUAAAACCUCCCUCACCAGAUUCACCUUCUGACCAUACGAGUUCUCUAAACAGUUCACAGCAAACAUCAUCAUUAUCACCCGAUUCAACGGAUCGCAGUGCAUCUGAUAUUGAGCAGUCAUCUGAUAAAUCUGUUGUUGGCGCAGUGCUGAGAAGGGUUAAAAAGGGGAACCUGAAAACCAAGGGGGGUGUGAAAAAUUCUCGAAGGGUCAGUUUUGAUCCUCUGGCCCUGUUGCUAGAUGCUGCCCUUGAAGGAGAGCUUGAGCUUGUGAAGAAAACAGCAAAAGAAGUUCCAAACCCAAGCGCUGCUAAUGAUGAAGGAAUUACUGCUCUUCAUAAUGCAAUUUGUGCUGGACACUUAGAGAUAGUAAAAUUUUUAGUUGAGUUUGGCUGUGAUGUAAAUGCUCAAGACAGUGAUGGAUGGACGCCUCUGCACUGUGCAGCUUCUUGCAAUAAUUUAUCCAUGGUGAAAUAUUUAGUUGAACGAGGAGCUUGUAUUUUUGCCACAACACUUAGUGAUCACGAAACAGCUGCUGAGAAAUGCGAAGAAGAUGAAGAAGGGUUUGAUGGAUGUUCAGAAUAUUUGUAUAGUAUGCAAGAAAAAUUAGGCAUAUUGAAUGGAGGUGUUGUUUAUGCCUUGUAUGAUUAUGAAAGUCAAAAUUCCGAUGAGCUGUCAUUCAGGGAUGGAGAUCAACUGGUAGUAUUGAGGAAAGGUGAUGACUUGGAGAGAGAAUGGUGGUGGAGUAAACUCAGUGACCGAGAGGGUUACGUGCCAAGAAAUCUCCUUGGACUUCAUCCUCGAGUGACAGUCAAGAGAGAUCAAUAACAACACGAAAACGUAUCUCAUUGCUCUCAAAUGCUGUUUGAAAGCUGUUGAGAUUUAUACAUGUAUGGCAGCUGUGCCUCGCCAAAAAGGAGGUCUUUCUAAUUGCAAAGGAAAUCACACAAGGUUCACCCAGUUCUAAGUACUAGAACUGAAGUGCAACUGUGACUCAUGUUAUAGAACACUAGCCUAGUCAAAACUAGGGUUUAGGAUGUUCGUAACAUAUAUAUUAGGCUUCUCAUAUUUUUAUUCAACCAGAUUAGAUAUUUUUAAUGUUAAAGUAUGUGAUGAACAACUUUUUUAUUUGAUGAGCGCUUGAAAAUAUCACUGAUUUCAUUUGUUCUAUUGGUCAUUAAAUAUAAAUAUCACCACUAGUUUUCAUUUUAGGCAUGUAUUUGUACAGCAAAAGGAUAUUGUCACAUAAAUAAUGAAGACUUUGUUUUAAAUAAUAAGAGGAGGGGGUGGGGGCAGUUUUAAUGCUUUUUUUUUCUUGAGUAAUAAUAGUUAUUAUAUGGAUAAUGUUACAAAGCAAGGAAAAUUUUGAAGUAUUUUUACAAUUCUCUUUUAAAUUUUAUAUCACAUAACAGUUAUACAUUUUUUAUUUCUUUUUAUGUUUACCAUAAUUAUGGUAAUUAUUUCUAAAGGUAAUUCUGUUUUAAUAGUUAAGUGUUAAAAACCAUUAUAAGAAUAGAUCUAUUUACAGAAUCAAUAUGUUUUGGUUUUAUGAAACAAAUUCUUUGCAUAAAAAAGAGUGGGAUUUAGCAUGAAAAUCGACAUUCAAACAUUUAAAAAACGAUUUUAAGAUCGAAUGUAUUUUAACAUAUCGAAUAAUUGUGUUGAAACUCCUUUGCAAAAAAGAAAGAUUUUUUUCUCCAAUUUUGUGUGAGUUAUAUAUGUAUAUAUUUUACAAUUUUUUCUCCUUUUGUAAUAUGUAUUACUAUGUGUGCACAGCUGUUCUUUUUUGUUUUCAUGCAAUACAUAUCCCCAUUGGGUAAAAUCCUUUUUUUUUUUUUCAAAUCAAAAUGGGCAACUUUUGCCGCUCAUUUUUAUUUGUGAAAAGUUCUUCAUUGAGUACAAGUGUGAUCAGGUUUUUAUUGCUUUAAGAGAAAAAUAUGUAUGAAUUGUAUUUUAAAAGUGUUUUAUGUAAAAUUUAUUUUAUGAAACCUUACAUUGUGCAUGUGUGUGUAACAUAUCAGUGUUAAAGAGUCUAUGAAAUUGUAGGGUUUUAAGUACCCACAUAAUUGUACAGAAUUCUUCGAUUAUAUGCAUUUGUAAAUACUGCUCCGGUAUGUUGUUAGAACAAAUAUUUUUAUAUAUGCAUCUGAUGGAUGAAUGUACAGAAAGUGUUUAUCAUCACCUUUCGAGGUCUCCGUCCAUACUGAUAUGUCAAAUAAAGUUCAUUAAAAAAGAAA